AUGGAUUACGUUGAUCUGUAUUUAAUGCACUACCCGAUGGCGUAUACGAAUGAUGGCCAGAUUAGUAAUACGGAUUACUUGGUGACUUGGGAAGGCUUACAGGACGCUAAGGAGCAUAACCUCACGCGAUCGAUUGGCGUUUCGAAUUUCAACCUUACACAAAUGCAGAGAUUGUGGGAUAAUGCCAGGAUAAAACCAGCAGUUUUACAAAUCGAGGCAAAUCCCACAAUAACUAACGAUGAACUGGUCAAAUGGUGCAACGAACACAAAGUUAUCGUAAUGGCGUAUUCACCUUUUGGAGCAAUACUUGGGCGCAAAAGCGAUGGGCCUCCUCCUCGAGCAAACCAUUUAGUCCUAGUAAAUUUGGCAGCAAAAUAUCACAAGACUGUGCCACAGAUACUACUUAGAUAUUUAUUGGAUCGUAAUUUAGUUGCCAUACUACGGUCCACUAACAAGGAGCGGAUCAAGCAGAACAUCGAUAUUAUAGACUUUUCACUUACACCGGAGGAAGUUGAGGAGCUAUCGAGAUUUAACAGCAAUUACCGACUCAGAACACCCGCUAAGUGGUACCCUCACCCCCAUUUCCCAUUCGAAAAAAAGAACCUUACAGCUAAAGAAAUAGAGUACAUAAUAGUUUAUAGCAAAGAAGAU